AUGCCGACCGUGGGGGUCAAGCGCGACGAGCUGUUCGCGGCCAUGGGCCAGACGUACACGGACGAGGAGUUCGACGUGCUGUGCUUCGAGUUCGGCAUCGAGCUGGACGACAUCACGAGCGAGAAGCAGCUCAAGCAGCGCGAGACGCAGGGCCAGGACAAGGACCACUCGGCCCACUCGGACGCCGUGCUCUACAAGAUCGACGUGCCCGCCAACCGCUACGACCUGCUCUGCGUCGAGGGCAUCGCGCGCGCGCUGCGCAUCUUCCUGGAGAAGGAGCGCCCGCCCGUGUACACGCUCACGCCGCGCGCCGAGGGCCCGCACCACAUCACGGUCAAGCCCAACACCAAGUUGGUGCGCCCGUUCGUGGUGUCGGCCGUGCUGCGCGACGUGCAGUUCACGCAGGAGCGCUACGACAGCUUCAUCGACCUGCAGGACAAGCUGCACCAGAACAUCUGCCGUCGCCGCACGCUCGUGGCCAUCGGCACGCACGACCUCGACACGAUCCAGGGCCCCUUCACCUACAAUGCGCUGCCGCCGAAUGAGAUCAAGUUCAAGCCGCUGAGCCAGGACAAGGAGUUUGAGGCCAAGGAGCUGCUGGACUUCUACCGCACCAACCCGGACGUGAAGCACAUCAAGCCGUACACGGACAUCAUCUACGACUCGCCCGUGUACCCCGUGAUCACGGACAAGAACGGCGUGGUGCUGUCGCUGCCGCCCAUCAUCAACGGCGAGCACUCGAAGAUCUCGCUGGACACGAAGAACGUCUUCAUCGAGUGCACGGCCACGGACAUCACCAAGGCCAAGGUCGUGCUGAACACCAUGAUCGCCAUGUUCUCCGAGUACUGCGCCAAGCCCUUCACGGUCGAGCCUGUGCAGGUCAUCUACGAGGACGAGACGGUGAACCAGAACGAGCUGACGCCCAACCUCAGCAAGCGCUCGGUGGAGGUGCAGAUCAAGAACAUCUACUCUAUGCUGUUCGGCAAGGGCGAGCCCAUUGACCUGGACGUCGACCGGAUCUGCAAGCUCUGCAACAAGAUGCAGCUGGACGCCAAGCCCUCGGGCAACGGAAAGACCAUUAUCGCGGAGGUGCCGAUCACGCGCUCGGACAUUCUGCACCCCGUGGACGUGAUUGAGGACGUGGGUAUCGCCUACGGCUUCAACAACAUCCCGCUCACGAUCCCGCACACGCAGACCAUCGGUAUGGCGCAGCCUCUGAACAAGCUGGGCGACCUUCUUCGCGAUGAGAUUAGCCGCGCUGGUUACAUCGAGCUCCUCACCCACGGCCUGUGCUCGCACAAGGAGAACUUCGAGUACCUGAACCGCGAGGACGACGGCCACUCCGCUGUUGUGCUGGCCAACCCGGCUACUGUCGAGUUCGAGGUUGUGCGUACGUCGAUGCUGCCUGGUGUGCUGAAGACCAUCCAGAACAACAAGGCUAUGUCGAUCAAGGAGGGCCUGAAGCUGUUCGAAAUCUCGGACGUCGUGGUGAUCGACGACAACACGGACGUUGGCGCCAAGAACGUGCGUCGCAUCUGUGCCGCCUACACCGGUCCCACCGAUGGUUUCGAGGUUAUCCACGGCCUCGUCGACCGCAUCAUGCAGCUGAUGGGCAUUCCGUCCGCGCUGGAGAUGCCCGCCGGCACGAAGGAGUACUACACGAUCACGCCCGCGGAGGAGCGUACAUACUUCCCCGGCCGUUGCGCGUACCUGACGCUCCAGAAGGAGGACGCGGAGCCCCUGCGUCUCGGCACGUUCGGUGUGCUGCACCCGCAGGUGCUCAAGAACUUCGACCUGCUGAACCCCACGUCCGUUUUGGAGAUGGACCUGGAGCCUCUGGUCUAAGCUCGAAUGUAUCAACCACUAGGAGGCAGGCAGGAACAAUUGUGCGGUGCCAGAGGUGGAGCGACAUCGCACGAGAAAAGUAGACGGCCAGUUGUUGGGCUCGUGGCGAGCUGGCGUGGCAGGUAAUGCGCUAUGAUGCGAAUCCACGUACGUGUGCAUGUG